AUCGUUGCAUCCGCCUCGUUUCUGUGUGCUUGACGCUCGUACAAGUGUACGCGUGCCGGUAAUAAACCGUUGUUUGGCAUAACGGUCGUCCCGUCCCAUUCGAUCUACCUGGCUGUUUGUACUUACAUAAAGUUUACGUUCAAACGAUCGAAUCACAACUUAGGAGAACCUUCGAAGAAACAGUGAAAGUGUGUCUGUCGUUGAGAAACCGUCAAACACCCAGUUAAACCAACAAAUUCAAGAUGGCUGACGUCGCCGAGAGUGCAGCAUUCACCGAUCCAGCAACUGCGAUCUCCCACGGGAAACGGCACCUGUUAGUGCGGGAUUACACUAUGGCUGUGACCGCGUUGGCGCAAGCCUGCCAGCUGCUGGCAGAAAAGCACGGGGAUACAGCAGACGAACUCGGUGAACCCUAUCUUCUGUACGGUCGAGCACUUCUUGGUCUGGCCAGAGAAGAGGCGGGAGUGUUGGGUGGCGGAGUGCCAGGAUCAGAGGAGGCGGAAGAGGAGGACGACGACGACGAAGAAGAAGGCGAGGACGAGAAGCUGAGUAACGUGGACGAGAAGGACGAGGAAGAAGAAGAGGAUGCUGCGGCUGCUGAGGGAAAGGAGCAAAGUUCGACGGAAUCUAAAGCUGAGAAAACAAAGGCGGAGGAGCCAGAGGCGAAGCCGGAAGCAGAGGAACCAAAGAAAGCCGAAGUAGAGGAAGCAGCAAAGCCAGAGGCAGAAAAGAAAGAAGAGAAAACAGAGGCCGUCAGCGAGAAACAGGAACAGGAGAAGACAGACUCGAAGAAAACCGAGGAAAAAGCUGAGCAGAAGCAGAAGGAGGAGGAGAAAACUGCACCCGGGUCCAGCAAGGAAACGAAUCAUGCCAAUGGACCGUCUUGCUCCAGUGAACAGAACGGAGAUGUGAAGAAGAAUGGGGAGGAGGAGGAUACCGAGGACAUUGGAAAGGAGGACGAAGAGGAUGAAGUCAAUAAUUUACAGGUAGCUUGGGAAGUCCUGGAGUUAGCAAAACUGGUGUUACUAAAGCGAGGAGAACCCGGCUGGAAGCUCCUAGCUGACUCUUAUCGGCUUCUAGGAGAAGUGGCUAUGGAGGGAGGGAAUUUCCAAGGUGCGCUAAACGAUCUACACAAGUGUUUGGAGCUUCUACAGCAAAUCGAGCCGCGCGAGCCAAGGGCGAUAGCAGAGAUCCACUACCAGCUUGCACUGGCGCAUUCGCUGGGCAAUGAGUUUGACUCCAGCAUAGAAGAGUUCAACAAAGCCACCGAGCUGUUAGAGGCACGCAUUAAAGAGCUGGAGGAGAUCAAAGAACCGCCCAAGACGGAGGACUCAUUUUAUACCGUUGAAGGAGAGAUCCAGGAGCUGAAAGAACUACUGCCGGAGAUCAGAGAAAAGAUCUCAGACAUGAAAGAUUUCAAACAGGAAGCUUGCAAACUGGUGAUAGAAGGUAUCAAAAGCAAGGUCGCGGGGGGAUGUUCGAACGGUGCCGGACCCAGUGGUAGCGAUUCAGGUUCUAGCCCAAAAGUUCAAAAGCCAGCCAGCGAUAUAUCCCACUUGGUACGCAAGAAGCGGAAAGCUGACGAAGCGGAGACGGAGACCACCGCCUCGCCGUGCAAAAAGCCAACGCCGGAGAAAGCUGUUUGAAGACUAGUUACGUGCAGACUGGAACACUCUUAAUCGUUGCUAUGUUUCGCGGAGUGAUCUACUAAAAACUGUACCACUCUGGAAUUCGAAGAGUUGGACCAAGAUAGAGUUAAAUACAUUGCAUCCAGCGGGAGAAAACAUCUCGAUGGUGCGACAACUGUUUUUAAAAAAGAGCAGACGCCAGGAUCGCUCUUCUACUUUUCGUUCCUUAAAUUUUUUUAUUCAACGAUCACACUCAUUGCCGUAGUUUAUUUCGUAAUUUUUAUCAAUACAUGUUUUAUUUAUUGUGUCUAAUAAGUGUACCGACAGUGAAUGACAGCUGUGAACGACUGUCCUAAUUGAUUUCAGCUCUUAUUUUUCUUAGGACUAUUAAUAUCAAGGAGUAAGGUUGUUCUUGUAUAAAUCUGAUUAAUAAACGUUAAACAAUGGUUUUUUCUAAAUGUUCAGAAGAUACUUGUAUAUUUUUACUAUACACUUAAGACACGAUAUUGUAUAAAUUAUUUUAGGCAAAUAACUAUCACAAUUCUGGACGGAUUGGUCUUGAAAAUUCAAACAGAAAUUACAUUUUGUGUUAAAAAAUUCACCUGUAAUAAGAGGAAAAUUUCCUUAA